GUUAUCUUGAUUCUUUCGUCCCAUCCUCUCUCUCUCUCAUCUCCUCUCCUCCGCUCUCAACACACUCCUUCAAGAAAGAUGAUUACAAGCUCUCAGCAUUUGCACAGCCAGCUGCUUUGCCAGUCUCCUUAUCAGCCUCUUUCUUUCUCCUCCUUCGCUCAGGGCCACAGACCAAUCUUUCCCAGAAAGUUAGUCCCCAGACACGCCGUCAAGAACAGAUUCUUGGGUAUUCACUUCGACGGUACGACCUGCAGAGGGAAUGCUUAUGGUAGAGCAAGAAUCAGGAGUCGGGUAAGUGGUGAAUUGACCGAGGUUGAAGAGCAGCAGCAGAAGCAAGAGCAAGAGCCUUUGGUGAAAAGAGCAUACCCUUUUCAUGAGAUUGAGCCGAAGUGGCAAGAAUACUGGGAAAAGAACAAAACUUUCAGAACCCCAGAUGAGAUUGACACGUCUAAGCCCAAGUUCUAUGUCCUCGACAUGUUCCCUUAUCCCAGUGGAGCGGGAUUACACGUUGGGCAUCCCCUGGGAUACACUGCCACUGAUAUUCUUGCUAGAUUCAAGAGAAUGCAAGGCUUCAAUGUUUUGCACCCAAUGGGAUGGGAUGCGUUUGGAUUGCCUGCAGAGCAGUAUGCGAUUGAGACCGGAACCCAUCCGAAAAUGACAACUUUGAGGAACAUUAACCGAUUUCGCACCCAGCUUAAAUCACUGGGUUUCUCCUAUGAUUGGGAUCGUGAAAUUUGCACAGUAGAACCAGAAUAUUACAAGUGGACCCAAUGGAUUUUUCUUCAGCUUUUCAAGAGAGGAUUGGCAUAUCAGGCUGAAGUGCCAGUAAAUUGGUGCCCUGCUCUUGGUACUGUAUUGGCUAAUGAGGAGGUGAUAGAUGGUGUGAGUGAGCGUGGCAGCCAUCCAGUUAUAAGAAAGCCAAUGCGGCAAUGGAUGCUCAAGAUUACUGAAUAUGCUGACCGUCUUCUUGAAGAUCUAGAUGACCUCGAUUGGCCUGAAAGCGUCAAAGAAAUGCAAAGAAAUUGGAUAGGGAGAUCAGAAGGUGCUGAAUUAAAGUUCCGUGUUGUUGAUGGUGAUAAAAUGGAAAGAAAUCUAGAGCUAACUGUUUUCACUACCAGGCCUGACACAAUCUUUGGAGUAACGUACUUAGUUGUUGCACCUGAGCAUCCUUUGUUGUCGGCAUUUGUCUCUGAAGCCCAAUGUGGUGAUGUGGAGGAAUACAAGGACAUAGCAUCGAGAAAGAGUGACCUCGAGAGAACUGAGCUCCAGAAGGAAAAAUUUGGUGUCUUUAGUGGUCGCUUCGCCGUCAACCCAGCUAAUGGUGAAGCAAUCCCUAUAUGGGUUGCGGAUUAUGUAUUGGGGAGUUAUGGUACAGGAGCGAUAAUGGCUGUACCAGCACAUGACACGCGGGAUCACGAGUUUGCUCUAAAGUAUGACAUCCCCAUUCAUUGGGUAGUGACUCCUGAUGGGGAAAGCAGCCCUGAUUCCAAGGUGGCUUACUCUGGUGAAGGGAUAAUUAUUAAUUCCUCGGACUCGACGUCUAGGCUUGACAUCAAUGGUUUGCUGAGCGGCGAAGCUGCUUCCAGAGUCACUGAAUGGGCUGAGAAGACUGGCAAUGGGAAGAAGAAGGUGAACUACAAGUUGCGGGAUUGGCUCUUUGCUAGACAACGGUACUGGGGGGAACCUAUACCCAUCAUUUUCUUUGAUGAAACCGGUGAGAGUGUCCCACUCAGCGAAACAGACCUGCCUCUUUUGCUUCCUGAGUUAGAUGACUUUACACCCACGGGGACGGGGAAACCACCAUUGUCGAAGGCAGAGGCGUGGGUUCGAACCUUGGAUCAAUCAUCCAGAAAAAUUGGUAGAAGAGAAACAAGCACCAUGCCACAGUGGGCUGGUUCUUGCUGGUAUUAUCUGAGAUUUAUGGAUCCCAAAAAUUCCAAAGAAUUAGUCUCUAAGGAGAAAGAAAAGUACUGGAGCCCAGUUGAUGUGUAUGUCGGUGGUGCUGAACAUGCUGUACUCCAUUUACUUUAUUCUAGGUUCUGGCACAAGGUUCUAUACGAUAUUGGUAUUGUUUCCACGAAAGAGCCUUUCAAGUGUGUUAUAAACCAGGGAAUCAUUCUUGGCGAGGUUCAAUAUACAGCAUACAGAGAUGCUGAUGGAAAUUAUGUAUCUGCAGAAGCUGCAGAUUCAUUGGGUGAAUAUACUCAAGAAGUAGUAACUGAAGAAAAAGUCACAAAAUCUGGGGAAUUUUUCAUACUGAAGGACAAUCCUAAUGUUCGUCUAACAGCACGUGCUUACAAAAUGAGUAAGAGCAGGGGAAAUGUUGUCAAUCCCGAUGAUGUUGUUUUUGAGUAUGGUGCGGAUUCUCUUCGCUUGUACGAGAUGUUCAUGGGACCGUUUAGAGACUCAAAAACUUGGACCACCAGUGGGAUUGAGGGUGUUCAUCGGUUUCUGGCGAGAUCGUGGAGGCUGCUUAUCGGUUCACCAUCACCUAGUGGUACAUUUAAGGGGGGAACGGUGGCAACCGAUGUAGAACCGAGUCUGGAACAGCUUCGUUCUCUUCAUAAAUGUAUUGCUAAGGUGACAGAGGAGAUAGAAGGGACACGGUUCAACACUGGAAUUUCUGCAAUGAUGGAGUUCAUUAAUGCUGCUUAUAAGUGGGAUAAACUGCCAAGGUCAGUCGCAGAAGCAUUUGUUUUGUUGCUUGCUCCAUAUGCUCCUCAUAUGGCGGAGGAGCUUUGGUCCCGCCUAGGGCACUCAAAUUCAUUGGCGUAUGAAACUUUUCCAAAGGCUAAUCCCGAUUACUUGAAGGAGCCGACUAUAAUGCUACCAGUUCAGAUCAACGGCAAGAUGAGGGGUACUAUCCAGGUCGAAGAAGGGUGCUCUGAGGAGGAUGCUUUCAGAUUAGCUUCGAAAGACGAGAAACUUUCCAAGUAUCUGGAUGGAAAGUCCAUCAAGAAAAGGAUCUUUGUCCCUGGCAAGAUCCUAAAUGUCAUCUUGGACCGCCAAAAUGUUAAGGUCGGAGCUCAAUAGUCACUUUUGACUGCGCAUUAUGGAGUUGGUCCCCGGUUACCUCGCGCCAAUAGAUGUAAAUGACAAGAUUCUUUCGUAAGACCGAACAAUGAAGAAGAAGAUAUAGACCAGUUAUGAUCAGCUAAGUCGCCGUCAACAUAUAUUAUCUCACAGAGUGGUUCCCGUGCUAUUACUUCAUCACAAAAAAAGAGGCAUUGCAUUGUGUUGUGGUAGGUGUUUAACUUGGGAAUGCAGACACGUAGCCGUCAGUCUUGAUUCCAAUGUUUAAAUCCAGAAAGUGGGAAUGCACUCCUCAGCGAUGAGAAGUAAGAUGUUUGCAGAUUAGGUGAAGCAAAGACCGUUAUCUCCUGUAUUGUAUCCUUCAGUCUGUGAGAUGCUGCCAUCAGGUGGUUGGGAUGUAUCUACUGUAUAUUCUACUGAAUUGACAGUUUGUAUGAAGUGCUUAGCUUAUCCAGCAGAAUUCUCUCCUUCAGCAGUUAACUCCA